CAGAACUACGGUAUUCACAUAUUAGUUGCUUUCUUGUCAUUCUCAUUUGCCCCCCCUGCAAUGGGCGACUAAUUUAUAUUAUAUUAACAACAACAACUAAUUAGCUAAGAAGUAUUGAGACUCGGCAUCUAAGGGACAAGGCAAUCCCUGGGCUCUCCUAGCCAAUUAAUUCCAGUAAAGCCAGACUUAUCCUGGCUCUUCACUGGAGCAAAAGAUGAUGAAAAACACUCCAUUUGAAUUUCUUCAUUUUAUUUGAAUUAAAAAUAAAUUCUAUUUUUCUAAUUGAGUUGAGGAAGUGAAUUUAUGAAUUAGCUCAUGAGAAGUAUUGAAAUACUAUAAUUGAGAAUUGCUCUAUUGCACCACUCACAAAUGUUACCUAUGUAGCCAAUUGAAAGUUUAACAGAGUUGUAACAUUUCAACAGCAAGGAAUAUUGAAGCUACUUUAAGUUUGAGCAAUGCUUGUAUGAAUCAUAUAGCCCCAAAUACUUAGACAUUCAUCAGUCAAUUUUAUAUUUAUCUUUUGUAAAUCUGAAUAUUCAGUUACAUUUUAACUUUAGGUAAAAACCAAAUUGUUUUCAUGGGAAGAUGUUUUGUUAGUGUAAAUUUGCUCAGAAAAAUUAUUAAAACGAAAUAAUUUAGUUAGCUUGUAAUAAGAGGCUCAAAGAUGCAUAUAAAGCAUGGCAUUCAUUGCUUUUCAAAAUUUUUUUUCAUACUUAUUCAUUGGUUAUUAUCCAACUCCUUUGUUAAAGUGUUUGCCACAUGAGUUUCCUCUGUAUUUGAAAUAAGAGAAUUAAAUUGUAACUUUCAAUGCUUUGCUUUUCAGUGUUAUUGGAGUUGAUAAACUCAAAAAAAUAUACAAAUAUAUAUGAAUGUCUUUGUAAUAUACAUGUAAUCCUUGAUUUUAUUUUCAUAGCUGGACCCCAAGUUGCUGUCAAUAUUUACCAUUUGAAAUGAAGGCUAUGGGGACCCGUACAGAGGUGGAGCAGCUUCAGCACCAGGCCAACAAGGUCACUGAUGACUCCCUCGAGUCCACACGUCGCAUGCUGAGUCUCUGUGAGGAGAGCCAAGAUGCUGGAGCGAAGACUUUAGUGAUGCUUGGAGAACAAGGGGAACAACUGGAUCGCAUUGAGGAAGGUAUGGACCAAAUCAAUGCUGACAUGAAGGAAGCCGAGAAGAAUCUCUCUGGCAUGGAGAAAUGUUGUGGGAUAUUUUCUCUGCCAUGGAAAAAGCUGCGGGAGUUUCGUGAAGAGGACAGCACCUGGAAGGACAAGGGGGAUGGUGUGGUGGAGGGGCAGCCUGGUCGCCUCCUGCAGGACCGCAACGCAGUCCCUUCUGGUGCCAUGCAGGUUGCUCGGAUCACAAAUGACGCGCGUGAAGACGAGAUGGAGGAAAACCUGGGCCAGGUGAGCAGCAUGAUCGACAACCUGCGCAACAUGGCCGUCGACAUGGGCAGCGAGUUGGACAGUCAGAACAGACAAAUCUCCCGCCUUGAUGCUAAGGCCGCUUCCAACGAUGAGCGGAUAAAGCAAGCCAACACCAGAGCCGAGACACUCCUCAAGAAUGCCUAACUUCUCCUCCUGUACCUUCUUCUACAUCAGACUUAUUUAUUGCUGCAAAUAUCGUGAUUAAAUUGCCUCUUCAAAUUGCCCUGUAUUGAAUGUUGACUGUGGGUUAAUACGAGCCCGUGUCCUGUUUAGCAUGAUUGCUUGGGGAAUCCCAACUGCAAAACGUAAUUCAAUUUAUACUUGUUGAUAUUUAUUGACAUCGAUAUUAAUAUCGCGUAAAUCUUCUCGGUAUUUCUUGCUACGGCAAUAAAUAUCUAGAGUAUUGAGCGAAGCCCAACAGUGCCUUUGGUGCAACAGUAAAUACCUCUAGUAUUACAUUCACUAUUUAGCAUAUGCUGCGUAUGAAGGAACGUUUAUUAUUGCGUUCAACUUGCUAAUGUUGAUGCAGGAACAGAAAUGCCUGCAGUAUUACAUUCUACGUAACAAUUGUUAUAACUGUACCAAAAAUUGCUGAAGCCUUGAGGCCGCAAUAUCGAAAUUUGCUUAAGCACAUGCAGUGGUCGAUUUCUCGUUUGUGAUUGGUGGGGAGAAGCUGUCCUUGAUUGGCUGAUGGAAUUUAAAAACUUUUGCAUAUUUUUGGUUGAACAGCUUCAGAUUAUUGGCCUUAUCAAGCAGACAGUGGCGUUAUCAAGCUUAUUAUAGGGGCUGAAGCCAAUCUAGAUAAAUUUAUGUUAAUUUUGUCAAAUUAUUAUUAUUGAAAAAUACUAACAAA